AAAAAAAAGCACCCACGAGAAGCAAGAGCAACUCGUCACUGAACCAAGCGGACAGAACCUGUGAUUGAGAAAGUACGGAACAGUCUAGGGUCCGUCAUUUUUAAAAAAAACUGUCUUCUUUAAAGCCAAAGUUUGGUUUUGGAACUAAAAAUCGCUGCUGCCACUACUACGACUGCUUCCACUACUACGGCUGCUGCCACUACUACGACUUCUGCUGUGGGUGCCACGACAACUACUGCAACCGCAACCCCGACAACAUCAGUUACUCCUUCYKCAUCGACAACCACAAUUGCUGGUAACGCAUCAACUACAUCAACACCAGUACCAACAACUACAUCUUCAGCUGUAACCACUGCUGCAUCAACUACUACAGUAUCUUCUGCAGCCACCACAUCAAUACAAGCAAGUACAACUGCGGCUUCGUCUUCCUCAUCGGUACCUACAGCACAAACAACAACGAAACCUACCACAGCACCAAAAGAAACAUUCGAGGCAMAGGUUAGUGCUCAAAUGAAAUUGMCCAAACAAUGGRUUAUCUCUUACAGCGACCUGAACAGUUACGAAUCUAUGACACUGAUCAAUGAGAUUACUGUCUCGAUGAAGAAAGUGCAUAAUAAUACAGAGGUURAAAUCAAUUCAAUCUCGCAAGGAAGYGUCGUGGUAAACUUUACCAUUAUCUUUAAAAAUGUCGUAAGUGGCUCUGACCCCGUWAAAAGUUUUCAAGACGCCGUUAAAGCGGGAACCUUUAAGGUGGGGAAUGUCACCGUGGACGCUAAUUCUCUCGUGAUUUCAGUCCAAUACAAAGGCGUUACUCUUAUUUGGAAGCUGGACACAGAUGUUUAUCUGAAGGAAUGCUGUAAAAGUCACAUUGGAAAAGCCAAGGAAAAGCAGGAGUGCGAAACUAACACAACAACAUGUGCAGCCGUUCCGAAAGAAACACGAGAAUUGGAUUGUGGAAAAGCCUUGAAUAUGAAACCUCCAGGUUGCCCCAGUAAAGCAUGUGGCUUGACGUGCUUCUCGACUGCAAUCAUGUUGCUGGGAAUUCUUGCAAGUAAAAUCAUUUUCUAAGCCAAGUGGCUCCAACGCCAUCCAAUCAGCUGAGUGUAUAUACAUAUUGCACAAAUCAUAUCACAGACAGUGAAUGAUGACAAAUAUCGUCUAAUUCGUACAUAUAGAUGCAUGCCAAAUGAGUCUCAACGCGCAGGCGCUAUAAACUCAUUAUAUCUCAAAUGCAUCAACUCGAUUUAUGGAUUUAUUCCAAUACUCCAAUUUCGAGAUCUUAUUUGUGCACCCUUAUUCUUGAAAGCAUGUAAUAUAUUCUUUUCAGCGGAGGAUUUAUUGUAAUGCAAACACUCUGUCUACAAAGAAGACAAUAAAAAUUUAUG